AUGCCUCGCGCUCCGGUGCUGUCCAUAUCCCAUGGCGGGGGCCCCUUUCCCAUCCUCGGCGAUCCAUCCCACAAGGCCAUCGUGCACUCCCUCAGCACGCGGGCUCCCAAAAUUCUUCGUCUCGGGACCGCAGACGCGCCUAGGGCUAUAGUACUGGUCACAGCCCACUGGAGCGAGCGCAACCCUACCAUCUCGAAUGGCAAGAAGCAUAGGCUGGAGUUUGACUAUUACGGCUUCCCGGACGAGGCAUACAAACUACGGUACGAUGCGCCUGGGUCGCCUGAGGUGGCUGAAGAGGUGUUCAAAGUGCUUGAACAGGCUGGAAUGAAGCCUGAGAUGGACGAGGAACGAGGCUGGGACCACGGUGUCUUCAUCCCCAUGCUUCUCAUCAACCCGGCCGCCAACAUUCCCAUAGUACAAAUGUCCGUCCUAUCAUCCGAGUCAGCAGCCGACCACUACCGGAUGGGCGUCGCGCUGUCGAAACUGCGAGACUCCAACAUUGCCAUCAUCGGAUCCGGCUUCGCUUCCUUCCACAACCUGCGGCUUAUGUUCAGCGGCAUCAUGAACGACCCAACGUUCAAGGGAAAGAAUGAUGCGUGGAGUGAGGCUGUGCUUGAUGCGGUCACCACCCUGGAUGCGGAGGAGAGGGGGUGGAAGAUGGAGGCGUGGAGACAGUGGCCUGGUGCGUAUGAGAUGCAUCCAAGAGGCGGCGCGGAUCACUUCUUGCCGCUAGUAGUCUGCGCUGGAGCAGGCGGUGAGGGCAAGGCGGACAGCUACAAGGACGAUUUCAUGGGACUGGAAAUGUAUUCGUACUACUGGACAUAG